AUGAGGUGGCUCUUCUUCCUGGGGCUGGUGAUCGUCUCCGAAGGCCUCAUCAUUCACAGGAUCCCCCUGAAGAAAGGGAAGUCACUAAGACACAACCUCCGAGAACAGGGUCUGCUGAAGGAUUUCCUGAAGAGACACCCCCGGAAUCACGCAACCAAGUACUUCUCUAGCUCUGUGGUCACUGAGGAAUCUGGGGAACCCCUGACCAACUACAUGGACGUUGCGUACUUUGGGACCAUCAGGAUCGGGAACCCCCCACAAGAGUUCACUGUCCUCUUUGAUACCGGAUCCUCCAACCUGUGGGUCCCUUCCAUCUACUGCUCCAGCCCCGCCUGCUCCAACCACAACCUGUUUGACCCUCUGAAGUCCUUCAGCUUCCAGCCCACUGGCCGGACCAUGGCCAUCCAGUAUGGCUCUGGCAGCAUGACUGGGUUUCUCGCCUAUGAUACUGUCCAGAUUGGAGAUAUUCUAGAUUCUAACCAAGCCUUUGGUCUGAGCGUCUCUGAGCCUGGGAGUGCCCUGUCCUAUACGCCUUUCAAUGGGAUCCUGGGGCUGGCUUACCCCUCCAUUGUUGUCUCCGACGCUACCCCAGUUUUCGACAACAUGUGGGACCAAGGUCUGCUUUCCCAAGAUGUCUUUGCUGUCUACCUGAGCUCGGAUGAGCAGAAGGGCAGCAUGGUGAUGUUCGGGGGUGUGGACCCUUCUUAUUACCAAGGAAACCUCAACUGGGUACCUGUCUCUGAUCCCAGGUAUUGGCAAAUCUCUCUGGACAGCAUCACAAUGAAUGGGGAGAUUAUCGGCUGUGAAGGUGGCUGCCCGGGCAUUGUGGACACAGGGACCUCUCUGCUGACUGGCCCACCCAGCUUCAUCACCAGCAUCCAGAGCCACAUUGGGGCCAGCCAGGACUCCAACGGGGAGUAUGUGGUCAGCUGUGACUCCAUCGACAUCUUGCCUGACAUCAUCUAUGUUAUCAAUGGUAUCGAGUACCCUAUACCUGCCGGUGCCUAUAUCCAGCAUGCCCAGGACACGUGCUUCAGUGGCUUUGAGCCCAUGGCCCUCCCCUCGGCCAGAGAGGAAGUCUGGAUCCUCAGAGACGUCUUCCUACACCUCUAUUUUGCUGUUUUUGACCGAGCCAACAACCAGGUCGGCCUGGCACCCACAGCGUAA